AUGCGCUUCUUUUCUCUAUGUCUAGUGUUGGCCUCGGUCUGCAUGGCAGACUUGACAUCUCUGGGAUGUUAUGGGAGCUUACCGUCCGAUUAUUCCGGCGGGGAUAGUUACACAUGGCAGUCCAGUUCGCACUGCAACAGCGUGUGUGCGUCCAAGAACGCCAAGUACUUUGCGCUAUACAACGCUGGCUCUUGCUACUGUGGAAAUUCAAGCCCUACCGAUGAGACAGACAGCAGUUCCUGUAACACCGCCUGCAACGGGUGGGCCUCGGAAAUGUGCGGGGGCUCCGACGCUUAUACGGUAUUCAAAGUCGAUUCAAGCUCUGCGGGCAGCGUUACAACCGGAUCUUCAAUCGCGGCACCCUCGGGGGCCGGAUCUUCGUCAGGGUCGGCAUCUUCGUCGGGCUCGGCGUCUUCCUCCGCCGCGUCGUCGUCCGCCGCAUCUUCCUCGUCCGCGUCGUCGUCCGCCUCUUCUUCUACAUCUUCAUCCAGCUCGUCCUCCUCCUCGACAAGCUCCAACUCCCCUUCACAGGCCUCCUCGUCGGGUAGCUCCUCGUCCCCCCAGUCUUCGACUGCUGCGCCCACCUCCUCCACCACCUCAUCUGCAUCGGUCAACGUCGUGAUAACUACGCAGGUGCAGACCGACGGCGGCGUAGCGUUUACCGUUACUGCCACCGCGAGUGCCACGGCCAGCUCCGCGCCAUCCGAAACCGCACAGGCGCACUCCAAGAAGAGCAAACCCAAAAACCUUGGCGCGAUCAUUGGAGGCGUUGUCGGCGGUGUGUGCGGCGCGGCAGUCAUCGCAGGCAUUGCCCUGCUUGUUCUGCGGCGUUUAAGCAAAAAGCGUGAGCAAGAACGAAUGGAGAAAGAAUACCAAGAAGCUAUCAAACCUGUGGAGUACCGCGACACGCUUUACCGCUCCUCGCUUUCCCGGAAGGGCACUAACCCAUUCGACGAUACCCGCCGCAUCAGCAAUGGCUCGAUCAUGGACGAGCCCACUCUCACCGCUCCUAACGCUCCAAAAACUCUUACUGUCGCCAACCCAGACGGUUGA